AUGCGAAACCACGUGGACGCUGUGGUGGACACCCGUUUAGAGGUCACCAACAAGGACUUGGAGAAGAAGAAAGUCACGGAGGAGACAGGGAAUGGAAGAGCUGCACCUGUCGAUGAGGAGAAUGGGGAGCAGGGAUCUGAUGGAGAAGAAGAAGAAGAAGAAGAAGAAGAGGAAGAGGAAGAGGAAGAGGAAGAGGAAGAGGAAGAGGAAGAGGAAGAGGAAGAGGAAGAAGAAGAAGAAGAAGAAGAAGAAGAAGAAGAAGAAGAAGAAGAAGAAGAAGAAGAAGAAGAAGAAGACACCAAGAAAUGGAAGGCUGAGCAGGAGGAGUAGAGAAAAAGAAAAGGCUAAACGUAACGCCAUGGGGACCUAUUCACACCUCACUCUCCCUGCCCAUCUGUGCGGCUCACAGAUAACAUGCACUCUCCAUCAUCCCAGCAAAACCCAGACAUGAAUUUGCA